AUGUGUGUUGUUUCCAUGGGACUUAGAGUAGGGCUGCAAUGUGGAAGAAUAGAACCCAACUACCCCCUAGUUUCUGGUCACCGAGGCCCAGUGCUUGAUAUUGCUUGGUGUCCUUUCAAUGAUAAUGUGAUUGGGAGUGGUUCAGAGGAUGGAAUAGUGAGAGUUUGGCAGAUUCCAGAUGGAGGCCUGGUACGACCUCUGACUGAUCCUAUCGUCGAACUUAUCGGUCACCAGCGUAGAGUGGGACUCAUUCUCUGGCAUCCUGUUGCCAACAAUGUACUGCUUAGUGCCAGUGCUGAUCUCAAGAUUAUAAUCUGGAACGUAGGAACAGCUGAAAUUCUGUUCACAAUCAAUCACCCUGAUCUUAUUUAUUCUGUCUGCUGGAAUUGGGAAGGCAGCCGAAUAGUCACAACUUGUAAAGACAAGAAAAUCAGAAUUUAUGAUCCUAGAAAUGGAGAAAUGGAGCAGGAAGCUCUGGGUCAUGAGGGUGCUAAGCCUCAAAAAGCAGUAUUUUUAAGAAAUGGGCUGCUGUUCACUACAGGAUUCUCAAGGAUGAGUGAAAGACAAUAUGCUUUACGGAGUGAAGUAGCUAUUUCUGAGCCUAUAGUUUUAGAAGAGCUUGACACUAGCAAUGGUGUGUUAUCCCCUAUGUAUGAUCCAGAUGUUAAUUUAUUGUAUCUUUGUGCAAAGGGAGAUAGUAACAUACGCUACUUUGAAAUAACAGAUGAAGCACCUUUUGUGCACUACAUCAACACUUAUCAAUCUACAGAGCCUCAAAGAGGUGUUGGAUACAUGCCAAAAAGGGGCUGUGAUAUUCACCAGUGUGAAAUAGCAAGGUUUUUUAAGCUGCAUUCUAAAGGAUUCUGUGAAGUUAUUACAUUUACUGUUCCUAGAAAGUCAGAACUGUUUCAAGAUGAUCUCUAUCCAGAUACCCUGUCAGACACUCCUGCCUUAUCAGCUGAAGAAUGGGCUGGUGGUAAAGAUGCCGAACCUAUUCUGAUGAGCCUAAAAGAUGGUUACAAACCUAAAGCUCAAGAGUUCAAACUCUCUAAAAGCAAAUCAAACAUUUUAGAUAGAAUGCCUUCAAAAUCAAGAGAUAAAAUUAUCUCUUUACAGAAAGAAAAACUGGAUGAAAUAAUGGAUGAAAUUCGUAUGCUAAAAAGCAUUGUGCUGAAACAGGAAGUGCGUAUCCGAGAUUUAGAAAAAAAAGCUGAUGAGCAACUGAAACCUGUCCCGGAACCACAACCGGAGGAAAAUUCCAAACAGAAUCAAGUCAACAAUAACCAUGAACCUGUCAGCAUCCUAGUAGACGAAGUUUAGUCUUCAAAAUAGCAGAGGUUGAUGCAGUUAUUUUUUUCCCUUUAUACUCUGAAAUAUGCCUAAAUAGU